AUGGAUUUUGAUUCUGAGCGAGAAAAAGAGGAGGAGAGAAAUUUAAAUUUGAUUAAAAAUAAGCCGCUAAACUCGGAUGACUUAGGAGAACACGACCACUUUCUCAUCAUUUUCUGGAUUUCAUUGUGCACUUUUCUCGUUGUUGCCUGGUUGAUCAACGACUAUUGGUACAAGAGACACCAUGAUCGGGUAGUGACCAUGAGUCGCAUGCCUAGCGCGAAAUUACUAGCUGCCACUAGAAUGUACAAAAAUGGAAUGAUCGGCAGAGCAACGUAUGACACGAUGGUUUCUGAGCAAAAUUUUAGGCUUUCAACAAUGAUAAAGAAAACUGUGAAUCCAAUCGUGACUUCUGUCGUCAACGAAAGUUGUGAAAGGGAAUCAUAUAACGAAGCUAUUCAAGAAGUUCUAUAA